AUGAGGCCCGCCUGCCUAUUUGUGCUUUGCGUGCGGACGGCUGCAGCAGCGGCAGUAGCAGGCGUGCCAGCAGCAAUAGCUUCUCCACAACCAUCAACAGAAGCAGCAGAGACCACAGCAGCAGAAGCUUCAGCAGUAACUCUUACACUUGCAACGACUACGGCUGAGGCAGCGACUGACCCGUCAGCUGGGCGCCUCAGCGGCGAUGCUGAAACUUCUCCAGCCAAUGCAAUCCCAACUGCAUCUACAGGCCCUGAGAACUUCAACUUGAAGCAGCAACGUCAGAUUCCAGAGUCAGCGCUAGAAGCGCCGAUCUCUGCCAAGUCCCGCGAAACUCGACUGCCCUCUCGCCCGCGGACUAUUUGGAGGAAUGUUGUCAAGGCAAUCACAGCGGCUGCGGCUGUUCUGUUAGUGCUGAUGUAUCUGCGGAAACAGAAUUCGCAAGAAAGGCGCUCGAAGGAAAAGGAAUCAGAGCAAUAUUCGCAACCCAAGCGGAAAUCUGAGCAAGAGCAAGAGAUGCUGCGGGGCGAACAGCAGGUGUUUCUGCAACAGCAGCUGCAAGGACGCUUGCAGGAGACCCAAGGACAACAGAGUGCACAAGAGGAUCAGCAUGUGAAACACCUGCAGCUAAAAGGACAUGAGCAUUUUCAGCAGCAGGCGCACCCUCAGCUGCUACAGCCGCAACAGCUGGGAAGUAAGCAGCGUCAAGACGCCUGGUUUGAAGCACACCCGUUGCAGCCGCAGCAAGCGCUACAGCAGCAGAGAUGGCAGCCGGAACUGCCCCAGCUACAACCUCAGCCCCUGGCACCGCAAGAACUUCCCAAUAUGCAAGCGCAAGUUCCGCAGUUUCAACAGCUCCAAGAGGACCAGCGGCAACUUCAGAAGCCCGGACAACAGCUACAGUUGCAGCAGCUGCAGCUACAACAAUCGCAGGAGCAGCAGGAGCAUUUGCAGGAGCAACUGCAACAACGCGACAAGCGAGAACACGCACAACAAUUGCAUCCCUGCUUUUCUAGGGGACAGGUACGCUAG